UGAGCGGAGCGGCCGGCUCGGAGCGCGGCGGCGGCGGCGGCGGGGCGGGGGCCGGCGGGGCCCCGCAGUGCGUGGGCACCAUGGCCCGCUGGCUCCGCGAGCACCUGGGCUUCCGCAGCGCCCGGCCCGCGCCCCCCGCGCCGCCCAAGCCCGACUACCGCGCCGGGCCGCCGCCGCAGCCGCCCCCGCCGCCCGGGGGCGCGGCCGAGCCGCUGGCCGCCGCCCAGCCCGACAUCGUGGCGGCCUACCGGCUGCAGAAGGAGCGCGACUUCGAGGACCCCUACAGCGGCCCGCCACCCGCCGCCGCCGCCGCCCCCGACGGGCCCCGCUACGUCUCGCCCAAGCACCGGCUCAUCAAGGUGGAGGCGGUGGAGAAGGUGCCCGCCAGCCCCCCGCCGCCGCCGCUGGUGCCCGCCGCCCCCAGCUCACCCCCGGCCGGCCCCGAGCCGCCCGACGAGCCGCCGCAGGAGCUGGCUGUCCUGGAGGACUACGCAGAUCCCUUCGAUGCGGCGCAGGUGGCAGGUAGCCAGACAGGGCUAGAGAAGGUGACUGAGAAUGAUGGAUAUAUGGAGCCAUAUGAAGCCCAGAAGAUGAUGGCUGAGAUCCGCCAGAAGGGCUUACGGGAGGCUCCUGCCCGGCCGCUGCACCUCUACGACACUCCCUACGAGCCUGUGCUGGACAUGGACAGUGAGCGCCCGGCCUGCCCCAGGCCCAGGGAGUCCCGGCUGCCUGAGGAUGACGAGCGGCCACCAGAGGAGUAUGACCAGCCCUGGGAGUGGAAGAAGGAGCGGAUCUCCAAAGCCUUCGCAGUUGAAAUCAAGGUCAUUAAAGACCUGCCAUGGCCCCCGCCGGUGGGACAGCUGGACAGCGGUGAAAGCCCCCCGGAUGGCGAGGCCGGUGCCCCCGUCCCUCCGCAGCACGGCCAGCACAGCUAUGAAGACGCCAAUGGUCCCUCGGAGGGGCUGGGCUACGGCCGCACCUCGCCCUGCAGGGAGGAGAAGGCCAGGGCUGCCCUCAGACACGGCCCCAGCAGCCUCAAGAGCACGAAGACGCUGAUGGCUGAGCCCGGCCCCUUUGUUGGGGAGAGGAUUGACCCUGCCCUACCCCUGGAGAGCCAGUGCUGGUACCACGGGGCCAUCAGCCGGACGGACGCGGAGACGCUGCUGAGGCUGUGCAAGGAGGCCAGUUACCUGGUGCGCAACAGCGAGACCAGCAAGAACGACUUCUCCCUCUCCUUGAAGAGCAGCCAGGGUUUCAUGCACAUGAAACUGUCCCGGACCCAGGAGAACAAGUACGUGCUGGGUCAGCACAGCCCGCCCUUCGACAGCGUGCCGGAGAUCAUCCAUCACUACGCCAGCCGCAAGCUGCCCAUCAAGGGGGCCGAGCACAUGUCCUUGCUUUACCCGGUGGCAAUCCGUACCCUAUAGUUCUCACCCCCCACGAGCCAGGCUCGAGGCCGGGUGUACCCAAAACCAGCCCAUGCGCAGGGCCGAGCGCUGCCAUGCCGAGGAUGGGCUCCGGACCGUCAGCCCACGAGCAGCUCGCUGGGCACGGCCGGUGCCGUUGGGGGAUUGCUGCAGCCGGACCCCUCGUCCUGCUCUCUCGGAGGGCUCCCGUGCACUGGUUUGCCCACUGGCAUGGCACCGGAGGGACCCCCUGUGCGAGGAGCUGAGUGGGGCUCGCCGGCUGCCCGCUGCCGUCGCCUGCCUCCAGGCAGAGCUCAGGACACAAGGACUGGAGCUGGGGCCUGGGAGACGCUGGGGAGGGGGGCAGUGUGUGCGAAUACGGGGAUAAAUAAUCCAGUAGGAGGCCUGAGGUGCCUCUGUGAGGGUGCCUGGCACUGCCCAUGAGAGACAAAAGGGCUGUGCCUGUGGGCGAGGAGGCUGGCGGAGGCAAGCGGGGCCUGCCCGGGGCUAGCGAGGCGCAGGGGGCCGGGCAGGCUGGCCCUCACCUGCACAGGUGCUCGGUACUCAAUGCCAUCCUUUGCCAAAUGUAAAUAGAGACCGGCCUGGGCUGCACAUGCAGCACCACUGCCUAAUAAAGCGGUGCAUGGUCACCUCCUGCUCCACGGGGACUGUGCCCGCAUCCCACCGCGAGUGGGGCAACUGUGUGGCAAAAUGGCAGGGAGGGGCAUUUUGUUACACAAAAGCUCUAAGUGAAGUGAUUUUUUCCUGUGCUUUUGCAUGCACUGAGACCCUCUGUGCCUAAGCAAUCAGCUGACUCCUCCGAGACACAGGGGACAAGAGUGGUCACGUCCUUGCGAUGUCUUUGAGACCAUUCAUGGGCAGUGAUGAGCCAAUUUUGGAUAUGCCUGUUACUCCCUGUAGAAGGGGGUGCUCUUCAGGAUCUUUUGGCUCCUUGUUUUCCUUCACCUGUUGUAAGUCUGAGGCAAAAUCCCUGAAUUUCACAGAUUUCCUGAUCUCUUCCUCUGAGUAUUUACUGACUCCAGUCCUGUUCUUUGUCUUCCUGACACCUUGUCUUUGGGCCAGCUUGCUCCUCUUUUUUUUGGCUGAAGCUCUAUCUGGUGUUCUUUACUGUUUCAUGCAUACCUUGCCUUUUAAACUUGUUCCUGGUGUUGCUCCUGUACCCACAAAUAUACAUUUCCUCCAUCCUUGCUUCAGCCUAAGCUUUAUCCCACUGCUACUCCCCAGCAGCACAUUCCCUUUCCUCUCUGCUCCCUGGAUGGGGAUGGCAGCAGCAAAUUUGCUGCUGGACCAGCAAAACCUUUUCUGUGAGCAGAGCAAAGUGCUCAGGCAUUGGUGGGGUGAGUUAGCAGUGGCUUGAUGAAGGCUUUGUGAAAAAGCAUCAUCCUCCCCUCUGCCUGCUGCCAGGAAGAAGCUGUCCCUGCUGGUUGCUGGAGGGGGACAGAGGUGAUGGAUGGAAGGUCCCACAGGGACCUUGUGUGAGUGGGCGCUGCAGCCGCAGCAGGAAUUCCGCUUGACAGUCCAGGGCUCUGGGAUAUUCCAGGCUCGAUUUGUAGCUGGAGGAUGGCUGUCCUGGCUUGUCCUUCACAGUGUGGAGCUGCUGUGGGGACCAUCGGGCAUGGCCAGUGUGGUCUGUGAGUGCACCCCGCGGUUGAGAGCCUGCAGAGCUGUGGUGGCUUGUUCCAGGAUGCCUCAGCCUCUACCACUCCUUAAAAGGCAGCGGAUCGAGCUGGUUGGGCGCCCGGUGUCUCCUUACAGCCCACUUGGCUGCUGGCAGCCCUGGCUGCCUCUCUCCAUCAUCCCAGUGAGGCAUUUUGUCCAGCAGGGACAGAGGUGACUCCAGCAGGAGGUUUUUUUCUCCCAGAGCCUGCAGGAAGGGCUGGAGAUGCAGAAAUCUUCAGAGAUGCUCUUGGAUGCCCUUGCUGCACUUAAAAGGUUUUGAGUGUCCUUUAGCAGCCCCGCUGUGACGUGAUGGCUCCAGCGAGGAGCUCAUCCCAGAGGAUCCUCUGCCUUCUCUGUGGCUGGGUAAGCAGAGGCUUCUCAUGUCAGUGCAGCUGGGCAGUGCAGGCACAGGAGAGCCUCUCCAUGGAGAGGGGGGCUUUUUCCUCGAGGAGCUGUGGCAGGGAGCAAACUGCCUGGCAGCCAGUGCUGGCUCUAUUAGCGUGCUCACAGCCUUACAGUACAAUCCUGCCCCAGCAGCCUGGCUCCAUUCCAGGAGUAUCGGUGCCAGGCACAGGAAUGAGAGGAGUGAGACUGUGUGCAUUGCAGCAGCUCCCCAGAGCAGUCAUGGACCCCAGAACUGCUCUGCAAGCUGGGCUGUGUGUCCAAGUGCUUCAGCAAAGCAGCUCUUGAUCUUCACUGUGGGAAUUGCAUCCCUCCUCAGCCCUCUCUUCUCCAGGCUAAAGAAGUGAAACUCCUGAAGCAUUUCCUUGUACAAUAUGUUCUCUGGCCUUGACCAUCCUCACCAGGACACUCUCCAUGUACUCUGUCCAAAACUGGACAGAGUAUCCAGGUGUGGCCUCACCAAUGCCAAAUAAAGGUAAAUAACCCCUUCCUUUGUCCUGGCCACCAAAAAUAGAUGACUCCAAGUCUGGGUGGUGCAUUGCACCCUUGAUGAUGGGAGCUGAACAGCAGCUCCCCAGAAAAUUUGAAUUUAAUCUCUCUUAUAAGGGUAUUUUAGUGCUGCCUUUACCGUCCUGUGACCGAAGUGAGUGUUGUGUGGGAGCGAGGUGGGUGAGGGCAGCCAUCCAACAGGGCUAGAGAGGUGACAGGGAUCCCCAUUCAUGAGGAUGCUAAUCUCCAGCAGGGACAAGGGCCUGAGCAAUCUGAUGUGGCUUUGAGGUUAACCCUGUUGGGAACGUGAAUAUUGACCAAAGGCCUUUGUUUGUAGCAAUUCCCAAUCCCCUUGUCCCAGCAAUGCCCCGUGUCCUCCCAGCUGCCUCUGUUCUCUGUCCCUCCUCCCCGCAAGUGAAACAGCCCUGUCAUUCAUUGCCUGAUCUCUAGUCUCUCGCUAAGCUCUCCAUAAUCAGCAAGCUGGUUUAACAUACUACAGGCCCCUGUAAUGAAGGAACGAAGUUUGUUUUCUAAUUGGAUUAGCACUGCUGGGAACAUGCAGUGUCAGGGCUGAGCUGGCUCCUGCUGCUCUGACUGGGUGUGGGCCAGCUUGGAGCUGUGCUUCCCCUUGGACUUCCCUGACCAAAAUCAUGCUGAGAGGUCUGUAUCCUAUGAAGACAGGUUGAAAGAGUUGAGGCUGUUCAGCCUGGAGAGGAGAAGGCUCCAUAGAGACCUUAGAGCCUCUUCCAGUGCCUACGGGGUCUCCCAAGAGAGCUGGAGAGCGACUUUGGACAAGGGCCUGGAGGGACAGGACAAGUGGGAGUGGCUUCCCACUGUUGGAGGGCAGGGUUAAAUGGGAUAUUGGGAAGUAAUUGUAGGCUGUGAGAGUGGUGAGGCCCUGGCCCAGGUUGGCCAGAGCAGCUGUGGCUGCGCAUCCCUAGAAGUGUUCAAGGCCAGGUUGGACGGGGCUUGGAGCAAUCUGGGAUAGUGGAAGGUGUCCCUGCCUAUGGCAGGGGGGUGGAAUGAGAUGAGCUUUAAGGUCCCUUCUAACCCAAACUGUUCUGUGCUUCUGUGAAAACAUACAGUCGUGCAGGAUGGAGGCAACCAAGAAGGAUAAAGGACUGAUUGAGGGCAGAAUUGGAGCUUGCCCUGCUGAGAACCUGGGCUGUGUUUGCUGAACUCUGUCCCUAAUGUCUCCCAUCUGCUGGAAAUAAAGUGCUCUGGUUAGUGUCAAGCCUGAAA